AUGAGCCUGUGGAUGGGAUGGGACGAGAUGCUCAAGAGUAUCCCGCAGCGCAACGCAACGCAACGCAACGCCCCCUCGCCGGUCCUGUUCCGUUUGUGGUACGAGGAUGCACAAGCCGAGCACUUCACACACCCAGCGAUCCAUCAUACAGCGACCCAGGCAAGCCAGGUCAAGCCUACAUAG